AACAAACAUUUUGUAACUUAGACAGAGAUGCCUAUGUAUUAAUUGUCUCUCCCAAUUAAUGCCCAAAUUCUUUAUCCUUUUGCCUUGUCUAGCCUUCCCAUUUAGUUAUAUUUCAAAAUUUACUACUACCAACAUAGCUAGCUAGUUCAAAAAAAAGUUAUGUCAAAACAACUUGGACAAUUCCUUCAAGAACAACAAGAACCAUUUACCUUACAAAUCUAUCUUCUUGAAAGAGGUCAAUUUAGAAACAAACACCUUAUUUCGGAUGGCGAUUUUCGGUGUUGUUCAACAAAUUCUACUACUUAUAGGUUCUUGAAGAGAUCAGCUAGUUGUAGUGCAAAGAAGAGAAGGAAAAUCAUUCCUAAUUGUUCAAAGAUUGUAAAGUCUGUGCUUAACAAACUUGUUACAUUUAGCCAUAACCAAAAAAUCAAGAAUUUGACAAAUGAUCAAGAACACAACAAUUCUACAAGCAACAAUACUAAUAUUAUUGCAGAUGAUGAAAAAAUUUCUUCAGCAAGUAGCACGACUGUGUUCAAUUCUUGUUAUGAUUCUAGUGGUGCAGAAGAAGCAGAUAUAUCAUCAUCACCACAUGCUGCAGAUGACAACUUUCUACAUGAAAAACAGGUUUCUGAAGACAAAAGAAAGCUAAGAUUGGAGUUUCUUGAAGAAAGUAAGCAACUCAGCCCUGUGUCAGUUUUAGAAGAAACUGAAUCUUCUGAUGAUGAUGACUCUCCACAUGUUAAAAAACAAGAAUGUGUCAAGGCUAAGAAACAAGAGGAAUUUUCAAGCCCAUCAGUUUCAAAUUCAGGGGAAACAAGCUCUGAGUCUCAGUAUAUUAAGAACAAGAAAGCAAUACAACUAUCAAGACAGCUCCUUUUUGAGUGUGUUAAAGAAGUGGUGGAGAAUCAGAAAGGGAAAGAAGAACAAUUUCAAAGAAUUUUAGGAGCUGAGCAACUAUGGGAACUUCUAUUACAGAAUAUUUGGUUAUGGAGCCAAGAAGCCAUAAAUGAAACUAAUAUCAAACAAUUAAUGAUUUCUGAUAUGUUGACUUCUUUUGAAGAGUUAAGUAGUGGAGUUGAGGAGAAAAGGGAAAUAGGUAAGGUGGUUAGUGAUUUAAUUUUUGUAGAUAUUAGCAAUGACAUUGUAUUAGAUAUGUUAAAUUAUUAUUCUUCAAGGUGAAUUUGAAGAAUUUAGAAGAAAAAAAGAAGUUAAAAUUAUAAAGAAUUUUAUAA